AUUUGUUUUGUAUUUUUUGUGUCGUGGGUAGACUUCAGCGGUUCAUCUGAGCCUCACCCCCUUAUCCGCAUGUUCUGUCACAAACACCGAUUCUCGACAUGACACAACACAACACAACACUCAUCUCCUUCCUUCCUUGCUAGUUCUUGUUCAACUGCCUGCCCCUCCGAUCCCAUAAUCCUAUGAAAUGACACCCUUCACUCACAAUCUCAACCUCGUUCAUAACGUUGUUUUUCAAUUAACAAAGCAAAACAUUGUUGCUCGCCACAACCACUAGAAUGUCGUGUUUGUUGCCGCACUUCAACUGCCACCUCGACACUUUCAGGACUCAUCCCUAUGCUCUUCCUACCCAUCCAUCAAAAACAAGACUAAAUUUGUGUUUCCAGCCGCAAUGUGUGUUGUCUGCCACAUCUCCUUCAACGCUGCUUAGUUUGGAAAAGAAGUUGGCUUUAGAUGCUCCUUCUGAUCCAAACACGUCUUGGCCCUAUAUCGCUGCUGUUGCCCCUCCCUCACCACACUUAAAGGCCAACUUUAAAUCAACCUUAUCUGCGGAAUCACUUCUUACUAAUGAAGAGGCUGUAAUAGCUGCUGCUGCAUCUGAAGCUCUUGCUCUUGCUAAAGCAGCUGUGAAGGUUGCAAAGGAUGCAGUUUUACUAGUAAAAAAGAAGCCUCCAGCAGAAGCAGAGUAUAAAUCCCAUGUUUCUUCCAAAUCUGAUGAUUUACUUCUCAAAUGGUUUCAUCAAAUGGAAGCGGAAGAUGGUGUAGCAGAAGAGUCCAUGGGUGCUGGAGCAGAAAUAAUGGAAGGUGUUGACAUAAGCCCCAGCGAAGAGGAAUCUGAUCUAGAGCCUUCCCAUGAGGAACUUGAGUGUCUGCAGGAACGGCUUUCAGACAAUAUAGCUGUAAGAUCUAGGCGCCUAACAGAAAGAAAAGCUAAAAGAGUCAGAGCAGCAGAGAAGGCUACCACGAAUUUUGCAUCUUUAAAACCUGGCUCCUCCAGCAGGAGAAAGCGUGUUUCUAUGCAAGAAGUAGAUUAUUCAGAUCCACUUCGUUACUUAAGAACAACGACUAGCGCUUCUAGGCUUCUUACUCCAACUGAAGAAAUUAAGUUGUCAGCAGGAAUACAGGACCUUCUAAAGCUUGAAAAAAUCCAGGAGGAUCUUGCAGAAAGAUUUGGUGAUCAACCCACGUUUGCUCAAUGGGCAGCAGUGGCAGGGGUAGAUCAGAAGACACUUAGGAAACGUUUAAAUUAUGGUAUAUUUUGCAAAGACAAAAUGAUUAAAAGCAAUAUACGACUUGUCAUAUCGAUUGCUAAGAAUUAUCAGGGAUCUGGGAUGAAUCUGCAAGAUCUUGUCCAGGAAGGAUGCAGAGGCCUUGUAAAAGGUGCAGAGAAGUUUGAUGGUACCAAGGGUUUUAAAUUCUCCACCUAUGCUCAUUGGUGGAUUAAACAGGCUGUUCGGAAAUCACUUUCUGAUCAGUCAAGAACUAUUCGCUUGCCAUUCCACAUGGUGGAGGCGACUUACAGAGUGAAGGAGGCCAGAAAACAACUGUAUAGUGAAAAUGGAAGACAGCCUGAUGAUGAAGAAGUUGCUGAAGCAACUGGGUUGUCAAUGAAGAGGCUUAAUGCUGUACUUAUGACCCCAAAAGCUCCCAGAUCUCUGGAACAAAAGAUUGGGAUCAACCAGAAUCUUAAACCCUCAGAAGUAAUUUCUGAUCCUGAUGCCGAAACAGCUGAAGAACAGCUCCUUAAGCAGUUCAUGAAGAAGGACCUAGAAGAGGCUCUGGACAGUCUCAAUGCAAGAGAGAGGCAGGUGGUAAGAUGGAGAUUUGGUAUGGAUGAUGGAAGGACGAAGACCCUGCAAGAGAUAGGGGAGAUGUUGGGUGUGAGUAGGGAGAGAAUUAGGCAAAUCGAGUCAAGUGCUUUUAAGAAGCUUAAGAACAAGAAGAGAACCAAUCAUUUGCAGCAGUAUUUGGUUUCAUAACCCUACCAAAUAUUGAUAUUGAACCAUUGUAUGAGUUUGCUUAUUUGAUACUUGUGAGGUUCUAAUCUCUGUUGAUCUUCGUCUGUAUGUUCUUCCUCCAUUUUUUCCCCCCAUUCUCCAAAAGAGAAGAGAACAUUAUUUUUAGUGUACUAGGAAAUGGAUGUACACACAAUGGAAUAACUUGACUAGGAGUCCAUCAUUUUUAACGUACGUGAAUGCGAAAAUUGUUUCAGCAAA